AUGUCAAGUAUCACCAACGCCAGGAACCAGAUCAUCCAGACUUGCAUCAUGAUGCUGUGGCCCCAGUCUCUCCGCAGAGGCACAUGGCUUCUUUCUCUCUGCCUCUUGACUCAGUGUCACCUCCAGCCGGCUGCCCCAAUUCCUCAGGGGUUGGAGGGCCACUGGGGUAAAGCUCAAGAGGAGUCCAACCAAGAAUCCCUGCUCCAUUCAUGGCUAGAGACGGGCCCAGAGGUUGGAAACCAGAAGGGCAGCAGAGAGGAACUUUUCCAAGAUGUGGAUCCCAAGGCCCUGGCCGCUGUCCUCCUGCAAGCACUUCAGGUCACCCCUCAGACCUCCAAGGAGUUGCCCCGAAGCCCCAAAGCCAGCACCAGUGAGGGACGCGUCCAGAGUGAGGCCAAAAGCUCUAACGUGCAGCCAGAGAGGCAGCAGGGCCGGCAACCCAGCGAGGGGAGAGGCCAACCGCAAGAGGAGGUGGCAAAGGAAGCCGAGGAAGGGGUCUUCGACCAGCAGGAGACAGAGAGCCUGGAGUCCAUGUUAAAGGAGCUGCAGCACUAUGGCCCCACCAGCAAGAGAGAGCAACCUUCUCACAGCCAUCAAACACUCCCCUCCGAGCCUCCCCAAAGCACCCACCCCGAUGGCGGUGGCAGCGACACGCACAAGGGACUGGAAGAGUACCAGCAACUCAAGACCAACAUGAAGCGCAAGGCACCCUCCCACGAGGCCUGGGCGGGAGCCCGGAAGCUGAGGCAGCAGCAGCACCUUGAACACCAGCUCUUGCAGCGCCGCUACGAAGAGCUGGCCGAGAGCCGGAGGCAAGCCGAGGAGGCCCGCCGGGCAGCAGCUGAGGAAGAACGCCUGGCAGACAUGGCCUCUGACCUGCUCCUCCAGUACUUGCUGAAGGACGGCGAAGAAGACGAAGAGGGGCAGCCGGGGGCCAAUGCCCGAGAGGAGUCUGAGGAAGAAGGAAGCAAAGGGACCCCCCUCCUCUUUGAAGAUGCAGAAGACAACGUCGCGGAAGACAAGCGCUCCAAUGAGGUCCCAGAGGUGGAGGACGACGAAGACAUAGAUCCUAACACCAUCGACCGCUUGAUCGAGUUGUCCAGCAAGCUGCACUUGCCCGCUGAUGAUGUCAUUGAUAUAAUUAAUGACGUUGAGAAAAAGAAGGAGGAAGUGCCCGAAUCCAAGCUGCCAGCGGCUCCACCACGCAGCAAGCCCAAGAAGGCCCCUUCGCACCCCAGGGCUUAUCAAGAGGCCCCUCCUGUGCCCAAGGCAUUCUACCCCACGGCCUUUCAGCCUUACCACCGCCUCCCCAAGCAGGAGGCGGCUGCCUGGAAUGAAGUCUUGAAAGGUAAUGAAUUCCCUGCACCCAAGCGGUACCAGGCCAAGGACAGAAGCACCAAGAUCUCCAACCACAUCAGCCCCCGGACUUUCCAAACUCCGGUCUACCACCACUAUCAUCAUCUGCCUGGCCCCGUGGUGCCACGGGAUGGCUAUUAUGACAUCCAAGCCCAUGAUGAGGACCUGGAGAACUACCUGGAGAGCCUGCUGAUGAAGCACCCCAAAGUUUUCUAGUGAAGGUGGCAGCUGUUGCUUCUCCUCCCACUCCUUCCCCACCCAAAGAAACUUGGCCACUCACAGUGUUUCUGACAUAAAUCUGGGUUCUUGCAUGAUUCAGGAGAACCAAGUCUCCCCACCUAGUGAAAGGUCCCAAUAGACAAUGUCCAGGUGCAACCAUCUACUGGUAGCAACCAGGAAAGAAAAUCCUUCCCUGUUACCUGAUUUCAGACAGCUGCCCCCCACUGGCUGAAAGGGAAACUUCCUUUUCUCAAUACCCAAUUUAAAGGAGCCUCUCUUGUUCUCUGAGCAGCGUGUGAGACCA